UGUCUUCAGAAUGAUCUCAUUGUGACAAAAAUGUCUCAGGGGGAGAGUUGUGGUUCUUUUUUUUUCUGUUCACUAUGGAUACCUUGUGACUCUGUCCUACAACUUUGUUACGGACACUUGUAGUUGUUGUUUCCUUCUUACAACUUUGUUACGGACACUUAAAGUUUUUGUUUUCAUCUUACAACUUCCUUUGAUCUACUAGUAAUCAGUUACGUUUUCCAUCCACCUAAAUCUCUACUGAAAGUGUGCUUGUAUCUUCUGCGAAGACAAGACAGUUCAAGAAAUUGGAUAAAAGGCAAAAUGUUUUACAAAUACAUUUUACUUAUGUCAUGCACGAGAAUGACGUCAUUUCGCUAGCCACCGUCACAAAUGGGAAGUAGUUAUCCAUUAGACUCUCAGACCAGUGGCGUCACCUCUCCAGAUGUGACCACUUCGGACAGCGGGAACCUGACCAUGGGGUCGGCGAUUGAAUAUGAGGAUCCCUUCUCGAAUCCCUGGUUCAAGAGUGCCUUUAUCUUGCUGUACUGUGUUGUUUUCUUCGUUUGCUGCUUUGGUAAUAGUGUGGUGUUAUAUGUCAUUGCCGCCAACAAAAGAAUGAGAACCAGAACCAAUUUUUUCCUGGCCAAUCUGGCGGUAGCGGACCUGAGUGUUGGCGUCGUCUGCAUCAUGCCGAAGCUCAUACAGUAUUUGUCUUCAAGAUGGUUGCUUGGUGAGGUGAUGUGUAAAAUCAGUUACUUCGCCCAGAACAUGACGUACACGGCGUCCAUUAUGCUGUUGACCGUCAUCGCCAUAGAGCGCUAUAUCGCCGUUCUUCAUCCGCUCAGGUCAAAGUGCAUUGUCACGGAAACGAGGCUGGUCAUUGCCCAGAUAUCCAUUUGGGUUUUGUCGGCAGCGUACAAUUCUCCGGACAUCCACAAUUUUACUGUAUUCAAAGCUGAAGAUCCAGUCAGUAACGGGACUGUCUCCUUCUGUCUGCCCAUUCGUCCUAUUACCAAUUUGAGAAAUUAUUACUCCAUCAACUUUGUCGUCUGGUACAUACUACCUUUGGGGGUCAUGAUCUUCAUGUAUACCAAAGUUUGUUGUGCCUUGUGGCAGAGCGGGAAGCUGACGUGUCACAACUCACAGAACACUUUGCUCUUGAGGCCAGUCUCGUGUCGAGACUCUACACCAACGAGGCAGGAAACUGUUCUAUGCUAUGAGGGAUCCGUUACUGGUGUCCAGACACGGACGUUUCAAGGAUCGUCAUUCUCAAACAAAGGACCUCAAUAUAAAAGCAAAGCUCAAAAUAAUAAUAUCGCCAAAAGAACAGGGUCUUGGCAUAUUUUUCGAGAAGCACCUCGGAAAGGGAACCAAGUGGAGAGUCCAUCUCCAGAUGAGAUGGACCAAGCUAUUUUAGAAACUGAGCCACCAGGUCCUGAUCAGCGGUGCUUCCCUGGGGCUAAAACAGGUAACAAAUCCAGCCAUCAGCAGCCUAAAAAGGCGAGACGUUACCUGUCGUGUGACUACACCUCUGAAGGAGACGCCACUUCUUCGGAGGAUGGUGAGAAGGCUGGCAAUAGCGUCCCAGCCACUCCAGAGGCGCGGCGUGCCAAGGGCCAGUACCGCAUGCACUCUCUUCGGGUGAUGUCCUCCAGGCGCCGCGUCAUCAAGCUUCUUGUGGUUGUCAUGGUGACAUUCGCAGUGUGCGUCUUCCCCACCCACCUAAUGUACCUUCUACUUUACUGGGAGAUUUACCCCACUCCGGAGACGACCUACGAUUGUCUUUCGCCUCUGAGCUACGUAAUGUUGUACGGUAACAGUGCCCUCAACCCAAUUCUGUACUGGCUUUUCUCAGACAUGUUUAAGCAGAGUUUAGGCAACAAAAUAUGCUGUAGGAAGAAAUAACGCUUAGGCCAACAAUGAAAUAAACAACCAAACUAAGUGUAACCAGUGCCCUUAAUCCAAUUCUUUACUGGAUAAAAUAAUAAAUAAUAAUUUGGCCAAAUAUGAAAAAAAAAAACAGCCCACUAAAGCGCUACGCCUCUGAAAGAGACACCACUUUUGUAAAAGAAAUAAUACUAAGGCCAACAAAGUCUGACCAGACUUUAUGACUGAUAAGCUUUCUUUUACCUGUUGUCGUAUUUUAGAAUUCCAUUUUUAUUUCAAAGAAAGAAAACCAAGAUCUAGAUGUUUAUGAUUUGGUCAAGUAAGAUGGAGCAGAAGUGGAGAAAGAUUUUCAAACCUCGAUAGCAUUAAGAUCACGCCCUGUGGUUAUUGGUGAUAGUAUCCAUGACGAUAUAACAGAAAUACAAAUUGGCAUGGUCAAGUAGUAAGCGCUUUCGACUGCCGUAACGAUGCUCUCGAGUUCAAACCCGGCCUACUUCUAAUAUACCCUGCCGUCCUGCAUGAUGCUAAGGGCUAGGAUGGAAUCUUAAUUUCUGAGGAACGUCCAAUACCUGUUAAACUUGUUACGGUUCUGUGUCUUCGUUAUUCUAAGGCUUUGUGGGAUGCAGGUGCCUGGUUAACUAUCUAAACUAUUUCCAGGGUGUGAUAGCUUUUCACUUCUAUGUUAGAAUUGAAAGGAAUUACUCGCAAACAAGAAACAACUAUACCAGUUUAGUGAGACUAAACAUUGAGUCUUUCGUUUUUUGUUGAUGUCACAACCUUAGCCAAAUCUCAUAGUCAUUACAAAGUUAUUAGACCAACAAGAUAAGAGUGUAUCAUGCAACAUCUGUAUAGCUCUGAUUAUAAAGUUAUUACAUAGACUAUUUUUGGGUAGGGUAAGCUGAUUUUUGUGCCUUUAUAAGGAAGUACUCUCAAUGAAGUCUUGACGUUUUGCGUUCUAGAAAAUGUUAUGUAUAAAAUGUUAUUUGCUAAGAAUGUGAAACAGAAAUACAUUAAAUAUGAUUUAUAUUAA